AUGGACAAAUCUGAUAAACAGUUUGAACAAUUACGACGAGAUAUUUCAGGAGCUGUCAAGUUAAUGAAUAAUUGGGGCGAACCCAUGCCUGUAGUUUGGAUUCUGUUAGAACAUUUGAUUGAAAUUAAUAAGAAAAAUGGCAUGAACUUCACUAACUUAUCUGACAUUGUUAAAAUGGCUAAACAUCGUGAAAUCAACAUAAUGGAUAUCAAUAUAGUAUUGACAUUUCUUCGGUUUCAGCAUAAGGAAGGAAAUAUUAUUUUUUUCGACGAUAUACAGGAUUUAAUCAUUUUAAAUCCUAAAUGGUUGGUAGAUGCAUUUCGAUGUUUAGUGUCAGAUAAAAUCGAUGCCAAACUACAGCACCUAGAGGAUUGGUCAACUUUGACGAAAUUAGGGAAAGCGAGUGAUUAUUUGAUAUCGCAACUCUUUCUAAGUGAACCUGAAAGGCAGUUUUUCAAACAAAAAGAAGAUUUACUGAAAGUUAUGGUAAAGUUUGACAUAUUGAUCAAAAUUGAGGAAUCAUCUUACUACUUAAUGCCGAGCAAAAUGCCAUCUUUUUCAUUCGACAAAGUCUGCGCUGCCAUUGGGGUUGAAAAACCAAACUGUAAUAGGACUUCUUGGAUCUGUCUGAAAUUCGAGUUUAUACCCCCUGCCUUCUUUAAUCAUCUGUCUGCGUGGUUUAUACAAAAAUACAAAGGGAACGUUAACGAAUCUUCUCAUGCAUUAUACCGGGGAAUUUGUGUUUUUGAUACAGAUACGUCUGGAUGUAAAAAGGUUUUUCUUGCAAUGUCAACCAACACAAUUGCUAUUCAGCUGUUGUCGUUUUCAACAGAAACGCCAGAAUUCGGAAGCGCUUGUAGUAUUCUCUGCCAAGAACUGAUCACAAAAGUUAAAGACAUAACAAAGAGAUAUCAGUUGACCCUUGAUUUUGAGAUUCAUUUCAAAUGCAGCAAAGGGCAUUACCAUACAGAUACUAAAUCUUAUAUGCAGUUGAUAAAGAAUCGGGAAUUUUUCUGUGCGGACCAUAAAGAAGCACACCAAUCUGAACUGAUUUAUUCACCUUGGAUGAUGCAUCAUGCUUAUAAGAAUUACAAAAGAAAAUUCAACCUUGAUGUUGAGAAACAUUUGAAGAUUGGAUUAGAAGUAGGAGUUGGAAAAAUACCAAUUUACAAAAACAAGUAUACGUACAUACAUCAUGGUAUUGUCAUAACGAUUUCCGAGAUAAACAAGACAUUUGAAAUGGUUGCGUUGACCGGUGGUCACAAAACAAUACCCUCACUUAUAGGGAAAAAUAUUGAACCAGUAAUUGAGACCACUGCCAUUAGGUUUACAUCAAAAGAUCUGUUCUACUUUGAUUACAACCAGUUAUCUGAUAAGGCUGUCACUAUUAAGAAAAGAGCCGAAGCGCUGGUUUCUCUUUUUGUCAAAUCUGGUGUAAAGUAUAACCUAAGAGAAUUUAAUUGUGAUCACUUUGCCAGUUACUGCUCAACAGGACUAGCAUUCAGUGGUCAGAGGAACCGUGUUAAUUGGGAAGCCACAGAUAAACUUGAUAAAACGUAUAGUUAUGUCAACCUAAUGAUCAAAGGUGGAUUAUAUCUAACAUACCAAAAUGAUAAAAGACGAGGUCUGAAGUUGCGAAAAGAGAUUCGAUAA